AUGGCGCGCGUCGUCGAGCCUUCGUCGAGGCGCAGCCCAGCGGACCGUGUUCAGGAGCGGACGUCACGUCAGAAAGCUGACGAUAUGGCGCUGUACAAAAAAGACGAGGAAGCGGGCGUCGGCUUCUUCCUGCAAGAUGUCACCACAGUGCUGCAAGAAGCAAGAAUCAUUUACCUGCUCUAUGCCGGGGAGACCUUUGGCACGCAAGAAGCGACGACGUUGUUCUUUGGCGUCACGAAGCUGUUCCAGCACAAGGAUCCCGCAUUGCGCCAGAUGGUCUACCUGGUCAUUAAGGAGCUAAGCAAGAUCGCCGACGAUGUCAUCAUGGUCACUUCGUCUAUCAUGAAGGACAUGCAGCCCAAUUUAGAGGUCGUCUAUCGACCCAAUGCGAUCCGAGCACUCUGCAGGGUCAUAGACGGAUCUAUGAUACAAGGCGUCGAGCGCUUCUUCAAAUCUGCUAUCGUCGACAAGAGUGUGCCCAUCUCUUCAGCUGCCCUCGUAUCAUCAUAUCACUUGUCGCCAGUCGCGCGAGAUGUCAUCAAGCGCUGGGCCAACGAGGCUAACGAAGGUAUCGUCGCCAAGACCUCUUCAGCCACGAUGGGCGCGCCUCCUUCUGGCUAUCAAUCUGCUCCUUCGUCUUCCUACAUCACACAAUAUCAUGCUCUUGGUCUGCUCUAUAUCAUCCGGCAGCAGGAUCGCAUGGCCGUAUCCAAGCUUAUCCAGCAGCUGAGCGGCGCUGGACGCGGUGGCACGAGCUCGCUACGAAGUCCACAUGCCAUCUGCAUGCUCAUUCGAUUUGCUGCCAAAGUCAUGGACGAGGAUCCAAAUCUGCAUCGGCAGAUGUACGAGGUACUCGAGGGUCUUCUGCGCCACAAAAGUGAUAUGGUCAACUACGAGGCAGCGCGGACGAUCUGCGAGAUGCGCAGCGUUAGCUCAUCGGAGCUUGCACGGCCGAUCCAGGUUCUCACUGCCUUCCUGGCUUCGACAAAAUCGACGCUCAAAUUUGCAGCCAUUCGAACACUUUCACGACUUGCACAGGUUCACCCAGGCCCGGUAUCUGCCUGCAAUCUUGACAUGGAAAAGCUCAUCAACGACGACAACCGAAGCGUUGCGACUUAUGCUAUCACCACAUUGCUCAAGACGGGCAACGAGGCGUCAGUCGAUCGUCUAAUGAAGCAGAUCAGCAGCUUUAUGGGCGAGAUUUCUGAUGAAUUCAAAGUCAUCGUCGUCAACGCUAUCAGAUCGCUUUGCCUGAAAUUCCCAGCAAAGCAGUCUGUCAUGCUUACCUUCCUCAGCGGCGUGUUGCGAGACGAGGGUGGCUACGAUUUCAAACGAGCCGUCGUAGAAGCCAUCUUCGAUAUGAUCAAAUUCAUCGGCGAUAGCAAGGAGGCUGCGCUUGCUCAGCUUUGCGAAUUCAUCGAGGAUUGCGAGUUCACGAAACUGUCGGUUCGCAUUCUGCACCUGCUAGGCGUCGAGGGUCCAAAAGCGCCUCAACCGACAAAGUAUAUCCGAUACAUCUACAACCGUGUCGUCCUCGAGAAUGCCAUUGUCCGAGCUGCUGCCGUCUCUUCGCUGGCCAAAUUUGGCGUCAAUGUUGCAGACACGACUGUCAAGACGAGCAUCCGUGUCCUACUGCGACGAUGCCUCGAUGAUGUCGAUGACGAGGUUCGCGAUCGAGCGGCCCUCUAUCUCAAAGUCCUUGACGAAGAUCUGCUUGCGGAAGCUUUCGUCCGCGAUGAGUCUACUUUCUCGAUAGCAGCGCUCGAAGAUCAGCUUGCAACUUAUAUCAGCCAGCCAGCAGGUCUAGACAGUCCUUUUGACGUCGGCGCAGUUCCUCGCAUCAGCCGCGAGCAGGCUCGCGAAGAGGCUUUACGCUCACGCAAGGAAAUGCCGAUUGGGGAUGCUUCAGCUGCCCAGGCGCAUAUCGGCACAUCCGACGCAAUCGCUCCUGCUGCAACCGCUGCCGAAUCGCAGUCGCUCUAUGCUCAACAGCUCGCAGAGGUUCCAGAGCUUGCUUCUUAUGGCAAAGUACUCAAGAGCUCGAGCAAGCCUAUCGAGCUCAGCGAGAGCGAAACCGAAUAUGUGGUCACGGCCGUCAAGCACGUCUUCUCAGAGCACAUCGUCUUCCAGUUCAACAUCCGCAACACGCUGCAAGACACAAUUCUGGAGAACGUAUCUGUCAUCAUGACUGCGACGACGGAGACUCAUCUAGUGGAGGACUUUAUCAUCCCAAUCGACAAGCUCGAUGCGACAACGCCUGCUGUCGUCUACGUCUCGUUCUCGCGUGCAUCAGCGACCGACUUUGCGAUGGCUUCGUUCAGCUGCUCGCUCAAAUUCGUCAGCAAGGAAGUCGACCCUUCGAGCGGCGAGCCGGAAGAGGAAGGCUACGAAGACGAAUACCAAGUCGAGGAAAUCGAGCUCGGAGCUGGUGAUUAUAUCGUGCCAAGUUAUGCGACCUUUAAGAGCGAAUGGGAGCGACUGUCGACAGGCGCGACGGCGACGGAGACCUUUGCACUGAGCGCACUGGAAAGCCUCAAAGCUGCGUGCGAUACUCUGAUAGAGAUCCUCAACAUGGAGCCUCUUGGAGGCACAGAGAUACCGACCUCGAGCUCGGUCCAUACGCUCACUCUAUCUGGCCUCGUCUGCGGCGGAGGAGGUCCUGUCCUCGCCCGAAGCAGGAUGACCUUCUCAAGCGGUAACGGCGUAACGAUGGAGCUCAGUGUACGGGCGGAGAAGGAGGAAGCAUGCGCGCUGUCUACCAUGCCGGUGCGCAAGCGGAUCCUUAUCGAGCCAAGCGAGUCGGACUCCUCGUCCCCGCAACGCCAGUACGAGCAGCCAAAGGACUGGGAAGAGCAGUCGAUGCUCCAGAUCGGUACGCUUGCUCCGAUCGAGUCCGAGAGCCUCGUGCUCGUCUCUCCAAGCUUUCAAGAGCUGCCACUUGCGCAUGCUCGAGUGUCCGCGAGUGCCCUGAGUGCCCCUCAGCCGUCUCAGACACUCAUCAUCAAAGCCCAAGACCCUUCCGCGAUAAGAUCUCCCGAGAGCGAAGUCUUCGUGCAGACGGCUAUCAACAGUGACAAUCUUCGCAACUUCAAAGGAGCAUCAGCUGAGAUCCGCGAACAGCUUUGUCUUGACAGCGGUGAAGCCUUUGUGAGACUUCAAGACGUUUCGAUGAAUGGCACAGUCCUCAAUGACGAUCGAUUAAUCCACAAUCACUCUGUUCUGCUCAAUGACGGCGAUGUCGUCGCAUUCGCUUCUCAUCGCUUCGUCUUCCGACAGCUCGUCGGCGCGCUCAGCAUGUCCUCAGCAGAUCUCAUAUACGCCCAGCAAGGCGACUACGUCAUCUACAAUCGCGUGCUGGGACAGCAACCCAACAUUAGCAGAUUUUGGGACCUCUACGACACGCCAAAGCAGUCGCUUGCUUUCAUAGAGCUCGUCAAUGGCGGCGAUCUCUUCGAUUAUCUGAUCCGGCGCGGCACGCUCGAUCGCGUCGAAGUCAAGGUGAUCGCUUAUCAGCUCUUCAAAGCGCUAGAGUAUCUGCACUAUCUAAAGUUGGAGAAUGUACUGGUCGACGGCGAUGGACCCUGUCCUCGCAUCGUCCUCGCCGACUUUGGCACUGCUCGACCUUCUGGACAGCUAGCCGGCACACUCUGUGGCACAUGUACCUAUAUGGCGCCCGAAGUGCUCUCUUCGCUCUCGCGCAACAUAGGCAGGUCUGUCUGCACGUACGACGGACAGCUUCAAGAUUGCUGGGGUGCAGGACUGAUGCUCUUCAUGCUGGCAAGCGGCGAACACCCUUUCGACGUACCCGAUAAAGCAGCAACACAUGCGCAAGACAACUCGAGCUUUUGCGCAUUUCUGAACGACGUCGUGCCGGAGCCGAGCGGUCAAGCUUAUCUGGCCCGAGCCAGAAGGGGACAGAUCAAUUUCACGAGCGCGGUCUGGCAGCGACACGAUCCAGACAUCAUUGAUCUGGUGAAGCAAUUGCUGUGCGUCGAUCCGGAGAGCAGAAGCAGCAUAGCGCAAGCACUUGAGCAUACAUGGUUUGUCAAGAGCAGGUCAGAGCUCGAAGCGAUCUACGAUAGGCUAGCUUGUUGCCAGCGUGUCAGGCAUGUCAGGGGCCAAUUGCAAGCAGAAACGUGA